UUAUUUUAUUUAAAUCUAUAAAUUUACUUUUAUUUAUUAUCGGGGCACAUGUCCCCGUCAGAAUUAACGGUACUGCGUCUCGUCCUUGACGUCGCGGUACUCGCACGCGGUGAUGCGCAAGACCAAAACAACCGCGAAUCCUUAUUAUAGGAUAGUGUAAUGUUUGGGUCAGUGAACCUUUCCUUAUUCGGUCGACGAUUGUAAGCACGUAUACAUACACGUAGUGUAGUGCUGUGAGGUUGCGACCAUUGCACAAUCUAUUGGACAUUUGCUAGAAAUUUAUCAAGAUUAUUAUUUCUAUCGAUUCUCGAAUUUUCAACGGAUUUUCAUCAAUUAAUUAAAGAAAUGGAGAGAUCAUGGACUAUAGUAAGGUUUAUAGAUGAAGAUACAGUUGAAGCUGUCCCAUCUACCUGGAUUAUCAAUAAAAAAUGUUAUUGGCCACCGUUUCACAUGGAAAAAAUUGUAGCGGCUAUCAAAAAACAUGCCGAACCAAAUACAUGUUGGCCUUCAUAUAAUGUUAUGACUUUCAGAAACAGCAGUUAUGAUAACUAUAAAACAGCCAGGGAAAAAGCCAAAAAGGCUGAAUUAACAUCUGAAUUAAACUCCGAGACUGAUAAUGAUAACAUUUCGAAAAGAAAAAUUAUCCCAAAGAAAUUUUUUUCGUCAUCAGAUGAAUCUACCGAAGAGUGCACUAAAUUACGGACGCCUCCAAUUAUGAACACACAAAAAUCAUUGAAAAGUACAAAUUACGAAAAUGCGAAGAGCAACAAAUGUCAAUCAAGAUCAGUGGAUCAAUCAUCCAAUGAAGUUCCGAAUAAACGGACGAAGCACUUACAAGAUGGAUUUUUGAAUAUUUCAAAUAUUUUGCAGGACAAUGAGCACAACAUACAAAAUAAUAAGACAGAAGAUGUUGUCGACAUAAAAUUGUGCUUCAGUAUUUUAAAGAAAUUAUCCGUCAGCAAUCAUACUUUAAGACCCAGUUAUGGCAAAUAG